AUGCACCGCGUACGCCACACCUGCCACGUACCUCAUACCGCCCUGAACGUAACUCCUCGCUGCGUGCCUCUUCGCACGCCACCUCAAAGAAGCUGCGAGCUUCUGCACAUGCCGGCAGAUUCCCCCAGCGACUCCGCACGUGCGGUGCCCAUCUAAGCUUGUCCGUAUGCCCCCAGGCUGCCGGGUCCCUCCAAAUGUGGGCAUGAGCGCAUCGUGCCACGCAUUUGUUCUUGGUCUGGUUCGCUCUACAGGAUCAAAUUGUGUUGGUGGCUAUCCUGCAGUCUCCUGGAGAAGUUCUAAGCGCCUCUCGCGUGUCAGGAAGCGGUCUUCUUCGGUCUCAACUAUUGAGCCCAAAUUUUUUCUGCUUAUCUAGCUGAACCAACCUUUGGCCACACGUUGCAAUAUUUCCAAACAUCUCCCCUUUUUCUAAAAUAUGAGAAACAUGGCUUUGAUACUACUUUGUCACAUAGUUGGACUGGGCCUACCGCCUAAGCUCCAAACUGUGCGACCUUCUACCGUUUCCAAAACUUGUGGAAGAUUUUGGUCAAGGGGAUAAAAACCUAAUCUAAGAUAAUACAUUGACAUAGAUCAUUACGUACUUGUUUAAUAGUGCUGCCUUGUGGACCCCACCACAAAACUCCUCAACCACAUGAUAUAUAUCACAAGCCAUGAGAUGUGCUUUGAAAAUAGGUUACAUUAGUACACACUUUGGCCCAGCAGUCUAAUCACACAUAUUUACCUCAAUUAAUUGGCUAAGUUCAACAAAUCUUCUCCUUCAAUCUGAUUAUGCAAAUUGGGUCAUUUUAGUCGAUUAUUAUGAUUGCUCGAAAGGACCUAAUAUGGUUUUGAACUCCCAAUUAACUGUAGUGUUUACUCACUAAUGUGACUUAGUCAUUGUAUAGUAAAUCACGUAAAUUUAAAAUUUAUAAAACUAGAAAAUAUAAUUUCUUAAAUAUUUAGAAAUAUUUUAAAACAAAUAUAUCAAUUAUAAUUCAAUAAAACUUAUCAAAAUAAUAGUAAUUUUCUAAAUUAAUUACAAGGAUGUAAUAUAAUAUCAAAUAGUUAUUCAGAAUUUUCUUCAAAGAAUACUAUUUUCUAUGAAUUUUAUAUUAGGAAAUGAAAAAUAAAUAUAUUUAAAAUUCAUGAAAAAAAGAAAUAAAGGUGCAGAUGUCAAGAUGAUGUCAACGCACGACGAAUGUGAAUUAAGCGAAAAUAGUGUUUCACUUGACGAUUCUUACGUAAGUGAUUAUAGACGAUUUAAUUGAUCAAAUUAAGAUCUGUUAAAGUCGAAAGAAUUGUAACUAGACAAGGUAUAUCUUGGUAAAUUUAAAUAACCAAAUUAUCACUAAAUGAAGUAGAAAUUAAGUUGAAAGCAGAAAAAUAGAGUUAUGACAUUGCAACGACGAUGCGUCGAUGAUGCACUGAAAUCUUGAGCGUUUGAGAGGAUCGUUGUGUAAUGUCCACAACCUCGAAGACUUUCCUUGGAUAAGGAUGACGUGGAUAAUAUCUAGAUUUCUUUACAAAGUCUAGAGAUUAAUGAAAUGGGUCAUCGAAUCGUCUUUGGCGGUUGUCACUUGACAAAACAAAAAAAUGACGACUUUAUAGCUCUCUAGCGGCUGUCACCCGGCAGAGUAGAAAAAUGACGACUUUGCGGCUCUCUAGCGGCUAUCACUUGACAAAGAAGAGCUGGAUGGAGGUGGGGUGCAUAUUAGGAAACUUCAUCCUCAAGUCUAGGCAACAAGAGGAGGCUCUUCAUCGCAUCCAAUAUGCUCUUAGGAGGUGGUGACUUGACUCCUAGUGGAUCAUCUUCUUCUCGACAAUGACUUGUUUGUCCAUCAAUCGGAGAUGCUUUACUCAAUGGAUUCGUGAUCCUUUUAUCACGAAUUGUUCAACAAUUAUAGUAACAAUACUUUACGAAUCGCGUUGACGAGAUUUUUGUCGAUGAUCCAACGAUUCUAGUGGCUUAAUCCUUCACCGGUGAUUUACAAGAAAGUCGCGAUAAUUAGAUAAAAAAUAUGAGUUUUGGCUAUGAGAGGAUUCGAACCUGCGUCGAUUACCUACCCUUUCUGAGGAAGGUGUGACGUGAGUUUAGUCCCACAUCACUUGUGUGCCAAAGUUUUUGGUAAAUAUAUAGUAAUAUUACAUUUACAAUCAAGUCCUUUUCUCGUGCAUGUACGACCACUCCUUGCCCCACAGCUAGUUGGCCACUUGUGACGUGGAAGGGGAGUGAUGCAUACGUGCCCCUAUCAGUCCUAGCCACUCGAGCCCUUACUCGCAGUUCCUCCCCGACUACAUUUCCGACCCGUUUGUGAGUCUGGGUGGCCGACGAAUUCCCCCCAUUUUGUUAUAUAUAUAUUUUUAUUUCUUUUUCUUUAUUUAUCUCAAAAUUAAGACUGUAAAAAUUAUAUAAAUUUAUAUCAAAUCACAUAAUUACUCAAAAGUUCACGUUAAUCAACUAAAAACUACUUUUCACACUUUAACACAAAUAUAAGUCUAUUUAUCAUGAUUUAAGGCUAAAACUAUAUUAUUUAUUAAUUAUUAACUCAUGAUAAUGAAGACUUAUCACUCACCAUUGGAGACGUUGUGUUGGUGGCAUAUUACUAUGACAAUGUGAUGACAUGGUAGCAAAUUACUGUAUGCCGCACCACAAUUCAUUGUGUUGUCAUUAUUUAGGUGUUUUGUUAGUACAUGACCUCACCCUCAAAGGACAUCAACUCACGUAAAUAGGUUAUUUCCUAGAGGCUUAAGUUUUGUGAUAGAAACUUGAACUUGAUUUUAUUUAAAGUGAUGCAUGAUCAUAAAUAAUUGAGAUUUUUUUUGGCAUUUUGCUUAGUAAUUUUAAUAUGCCCACUUUUAGGGGAAUACUUUUGAUCUAAAUAACUAGGUUAUUGUGUUUUCAUUAAUAAAAUAUAAUUGACAAGUCUUAAUACAAUCGUUUAGUAAAACACAUUUUCUUAUAAGGCUUUUUUUUUUGUAAUAGAUAGUUACAAUGGCAGACUAUGAAUUUUUUGUUGCUUAGGACAAGUAAGCAUGUCAAUUUGAUCAUGAUCCAUACCUUCACAUUGCCUAGUUGUGAUGGAUCUUCAUUUGAGCAUGUCAUAAUUGACUAGUCAAUGAAAUGUCAAUUUUACAUCUUUAAAAUCAUGUUAUCAUAUAAUAAGCAAAGCCAUUUUUCUUUACAAGUAUUAUCCUCAUUUGAGACAAUAUUCUUCAUGGUAAGAGGUUUUAAUAGUUGAAGCCCUCAACUAUCAUGGGUUAUAUAGAUUAUCUUGACUUUAUGUGUGACCCUCACAUACUAUGUAUAGCAUCAAGGUAACGACUUUGAGGACGAUCUGUCCUCGUGGGGGUGAAGCUCCUAGAUUUGAAACAUAUUACAUGGAGCCUGACAACUGAAAUAGAGGACAAAGACAAAACUAUUGAAGAUAACAACAAUUACUGCUAACUGGUGUUUAUGAGAUGGAGUCGCUAACUCGACCCCACAACAUCUCGUCCCACAUUAGUAAGAAAACUUGUUGAUGAAACCGAAAGAAAUUUUAGGGAAUGAGACCAGAUUUAGGACUUGAUGGGCCUGAUAAGAGACCUUUUUUUUAGGGGAAGAUGAGAGUACAAGUAGAAAAUGUCCAAAAGAUAAUAAAUGAUAUGGAGAAGAGUAAAUGUGUUGGAAUAAGGACACCACAAAUUUAAUGUGGUCUAAAGAGGAUGAAUUCACCUCACAACCACUAAACAAGAAAGGAGAACAUAUAAUAGUUUACAAGGAAUGAAAUAUAGAAGCAUAUGGAAUUAAUAAAUCUCUAAUCACAUCCACUAGAUGGGAGAGGAGGAGGAGAAGCUGAAAUCUUGAUUUCAGCUAUCGAAGAGAAGAGGACCUCAUGUGCCCUUGAUUUUACCUCUCUAUCUUUCUCUCUCCUUUUAAUAUUAGUAUUACAUUAGUGACUGGACUGACUUUGUACUUGAACUAGUUCUAAACAAAGGUAUGAAGAAUUGUGAAUAGGAGGAUGAUUCUUCGAGAUUGGCAAUGGUGGGAUAGCCACAGAUCAAUCUUCAUUAUCAUGAGUUAAUAAUUAGUAAAUAAUAUAGUUUUAGUCUUAACUCAUGAUAAAUAGACUUAUAUUUGUGUUAAAGUGUGAAAAAUGGUUUUCAAUUGAUUAAUGUGAUUAUGUGAUUUUAUAUAAAUUUCUAUGAUUUUUAUAAUCUUACUUUUGAGAUAAAUGAAGAAAAAGAAACAAAAAUAAAAAUAUAACAAAAUAAGGGUACCUGCCAGCCAAUCAGGCUCGGAAGUGGGUCGGAAGCACCGUAGAGGAGGAGUCGCGAGCAGGGGCUUGAGUGGCUAGGAGCGAUAGGGGCACAUGUGCGUCAUUCCCUUUCCACGUCAUCGGUGGCUAGCUAGUUAUGGGGUAAGGAGUGGUCGUACACGUGGAAAAAAGAGAUUUAUUUACAAAUGUAAUAUUAGUGUAUAUUCGUCCGAAACUUUGGUGCAUAAACGAUAUGGGAUUAAACUUAUGUCACACUUUCUCUAAAAAGGCUUUGAUAAUUUUAAUACCUACAGUACCCCUUAUUUAUAACAAAGAUAUACCAUGAUGAUGUCAUUUGAUAAGGACAUUAGAGUACUUAUUUUAAUCUCUCUCAUAUAGGCAAGCAAUCGACACAAGUUCAAAUCUUUCUAGAGUCAAAACUCAUAUUUUUUAUUUGAUUAUCAUGACUUUUCUACAUAUAGUUGGUGAAAGAUUAAGUUGUCAGAAUCAUUAGAUCAUCAACAAAAAUUUUAUCAACAUGAUUCACGAAGUAUUGUUACUAAAAUUGUUGAAUGAUUCGCAAUAAAAAGAUCACAGAUUUAGCAAAUAAAGUAUCUCUGAUUGAUCGACAAAUAAGUCGUCAUCGGGAAGAAGACGAUCCACCGAGAGAUGUCGCCACCUCUUGAGAGCAUAUCGGAUGCAAUGAAGAAUCUUUUUUUGUUGUACAGACAUGAUGAUGAAACUCCUUGACACACGUCUCACCUUCAUCUAGCUCCUCUUUGUCAGGUGAUAGCUGCCAAAGAGCCACAAAGUCGUCAUUUUUUCACUCUGCUAAGUGACAGCUGCUAGAGACGAUUUGACGACCUAUUUUAUUGAUCUCUAGACUUUGCAAGGAGAUCUAAAAAUUGCCCACGUCGUUCUUGUCUAAGGAGAGUUUUUGAGGUUGUGGACAUUACAUGAUGAUUCUCUCAAAUGCUCAAGAUUCCGAUGCAUCGCUGAUGCAUUACUAUCGUGAUGCCGAAACUCUAUUUUUCUGCUUUCAACUUAAUUUCUACUUCAUUUAGUGAUAAUUUGUAUGAUUUAAAAUUAUGAAGAUAUACUUCAUUCAAUUAUGAUUCUUUUGGUUUUUGCAAAUCUUAAUUUGAUCAAUAAAUCAUCUAUAAUCACUUAUGUAAAAAUCACCGGGUGGAACUCUAUUUCCGUCCGACUCGUGUUUGUCGGGCACUAACGUCAUCAUGAUGUCUGCACCCCUUAUUUCCUUUUUUUAUGAAUUUUACAUAUAUUUUAUUUUUAUUUCUUAGUAUAUAAUUUAUAGAAAAUAGUAUUCUUUGAAAAAAAAUCUAAAUAAUUACCUAAUAUUAUAUUAUAUCCUUGUGAUUGACUUAAAAAAUUACCACUAUUUUUUACAAUUUUAUUGAAUUAUAAUUGAUAUAUUUGUUUAGAAAUACUUUUAAAUAUCUAAAAAUUUAUAUUUUCUAGUUUUAUAAAUUUUAAAGUUGUGUGAUUUACUAUACAAUGACUAAGUCACAUCAGCCACCAUCAAAAUCAUUUAAUAAGUCUGACUUUUACAUGCUGUUCCACAUCGGGCCUGACCAUAGUGAAUAGUAUAACGACUGCAUAAAUUAAUUUUCUUAACGGAUUAUUAGGGUUUCAUAGUCAUGUAUGCUUUAAAAGUUUUCAGGAUGCCGACCCUUGCAAAGGGCAUUUGUCAAGAACAAGCUGAGCUGGGGAGAAUUUUUGGUUUAUCUUGCUCUUUUAUGCCCUUAUUUGAGAUGGAAUUCUCAAAUUUAUUGAUUGAAAUCCAUAGCUACAAUCAGUCAUUAUUUGAAGUCUGUAGUUAUCUACCAUUGAAAUUUUUUAGUGAAAUAUAGUUGGUAGAUUUGCCGAAGGUAAUCUAUCCUUGUUGGGGAUGGAUCCCACCGACUCCACUUGAUGUUGUUUAUCAAUGUUCGAGAAGCUGUGAAGAACAACUGAGGCUGUGAAACAAAGGAAGUGAUUGUAAUACUGUGGAUCUUAUUCCUAGGACUCAUCAAACAUGACUGUUGACAUGUCACCGGGAAAGGAGAAAAAGCUGAGGAUGAAGAAAAAGACGAGGAAGCAACCCGAGGUGAUUUAUUACAGCAACACUCAUUUUAUUCUCACGCAAGCUACAAACAGAAACCCCCAGUCACCAGAGAACGAGAUAGGCACAUCGGUAACGGCGCUGAGGAAGGCUACUAGGCAGCCCUUGCCGAUGACUAUUGCUUUGGGCAUGGCUUAAUGCAGUAGCACCGACGCCGAAUGAAGCCGCGGCACUCUCCCAAGAUGAAACCUUCAGUCCUGCAGAUUAUCGAACAGUUCGUAUGGCUACUGCAGCGCCCAGUGAACCUGGUGCUCAGCGAGCUACAGUCUCUUAUCUGGGAUGGCUCCACUGUUCGCCCAACGUCCUUAGCAGCACCUACAUACACAUAAUGGAUUAGUACAAUGGCAUAGUCUAAUGAAGGUGCCUCAUGGUUCAUCGUCAAAAGUAGAGGCAUAGUAAUUCUUCCAAGUUCUAUCUUGCAAAUAAUAUAAAUGGAUUGUGAAUCAUUAUGGAUCAGAUAAUUGGGCUUAUAAUCCUGACAAGAAUGACAUCGCCAAAUUCAUAGCCAACUGAUCCAUGUUUAGUGUCUCUCAAUAUAUGAUAGAAUAGUUUCUCACGGCGCAAUCGUAGACGAAUAAGUGUGGUGCUUCGCGGUUCUUCUCCGUGCUAUCUUGUCAACAACAGAAAUGAGAUGAGACUAAUAAAGGGCUAGAGAUUGGAGCUCCCAUAUCAGGCAAAAUAAUCAGAUCGUUCAACCGGAAAUCGAAUUUUGUCUCUCUUAAUGCAUGUUAUUGAUCAGUCGAGUGUGAUCUGCGUGGUGGACAAGCGUUGUACCAGUGGUCGCGAACAGUGGAAGGAGCAUGACGAGCAGGAGAAUGGUGGGCACCACGCGGGCGGAAGCCAUCGGCGAAGCAAGGAAGACUGAGAGAGGAUAAUAGGGAGAAGGGUGAAUUAUGAGAGAGAGAGAGAGAGAGAAUGAGGUGAGGAGGCUGGCUAGGGCUCGUGUUAUAUAGGGAGAAGAACGGAUUAUCAUAGUCUUGUAUGCAUCUAGGUUCUCGGUAGGUGGAUGCCAGUUGGCGAAAAUGUUUAUCCCAAUACCGUUUUAAUAGCCUUUGACGUCUUGAAGUCCACGGCAAAGGUGGUGGGAUAGUGGCCAGUCAUGUCUUUGUCAGUCGGGCAGUUAUGAGGGAAAUUUAUAAGCUCUUAUCGCGAACCGAUGCUUGCAUUUGAACGAAUGGAAGAGUAAGUGAUCCGAACACAAGAUUGGCAUGUGAGUCUCACUGAGGAUGGACGUUUCCCACUCAGGCCAACGGCCCUCCUCUCCGUGUCCUCUCUCUCUCACUCACUCCUUAAGCCUUUGAAAAUAUUUCAGAGAAUGACCGGACGAAUCCACCGUAAUAGAGAGCUAAAAUUAAAUAAAUCAUGUCAUGAUUUAUUUUUUUUACAUCUUUAUUUUUCUUGCCUUACGCAAAAUCAAGCCCACUAGAUCAGGUUCUUCUCGUUCUUUCAAUCUGUAUUGAGGUUAAGGUCUUAACAGUUGUGAAGGACGCUUACAAUUCUCUAGCAGCCAUUGUGUAAGCCGGAUGCCACGAUGGGAAUGGAGCGAUUGGUUGAGGGAGAAGAAGAGGGGUAUGAAAGCGUAACUUGGUAAGGGGAGGGCAUGGGAUAUGCAGGAGAGGGAGACAUCAAAGGAGGGAAGAGGUACGGGCUUUAUUGGCCAGAAACCAUCCAAGCCCAAGUAUUAUACUGGAGACCCAUUAUCACAGAGAGCAACAUUACACCCAUAAACCUACAACGACAACUCCGCCAGCUGCUGCUUUAAAGCUCCCUUUGGCUGUUGAAGGGGUGCUAAUCUUGUCUCGACAGCAAGGCUCACACACAUCGUUGACAUUUGGUGGAGCUGAUAGAUGACAAUUCCUGAAACUUGAGUGCGACCCAAGAGCAGGGUCUAAAUUCCCCUCUCUCCCUGAUUUAUUCUUCGUCUUCUUCCUCCUUGUUCAGGUAUAUCAAAGCGAAAAAUGUCUUUUCUUGUUCAUAGCUUGGCAUCAAGACACUCACAGAACUAUUGUGCACAUCCCAGUGCACUUAUGAAUGAAAUCGACGAAAUGCUUCAUGGUAAAAAGAUUCUUGACAAAAUGAUUCCGAAUAAUGUUGAGGUUCGCGUGUGAUAAUGAGAAGGGUGAGGACCAUGAGUAGUAGGACGAUGUCUGGGAGCACGCGGAAGCUACGGAUGGGGAAAGCAUGUCCUGAUGAAGAGGAGAUAACAGAGAGAGAGAGAGAGAGAGAUCUAUGUAAAAGGGAACCUGGCCCCCAGGUGAUCUGUGUAUCGUUGACGAGUGAGUAGUUCAUAUCCAUACAGGCUGACACAAACCUACAGUUUAGCUGCCCUUCAUCCCAGCUUCCAACUUGAUGGGUAGAUGGGGAUCGACAAUGGACUAACCCAUAGCACGGGUGUGCAAGAGAACGUUGACCAUUAUUUUAUUGUUGGCAUGGACAUUAGCGGGGAUAACAUGAACUGGGAUUGACGUUAAAAAUGAUAAAGUUGGCUGUUUUAGUACGCGUUAUGGGUAACUAAGUAACGAGUAAUUAAUAUCAUCAUAUUAUUAUCUGAAAUGCUUUAGAAGCUUAGUUAAAUGUGGGAGCGUGAAGACGGAGUUGACCUAAACAAAGGAUGAUGACCAUUCCUUGUGGUCCAAAAAAAUUUAUGACUUGGUAGCUGAAGAUGAUAAACCUUGAUCGACAUUAAGUAAAUGGUCAAUGGGUUUGUUUCCAUGUCAACUUCGGGUGGAGUCCAUAUUGGGGCUCCUAAUCCGCCGACAUACAUAAGUAUAGCUGGGAUGGGUUUUUCAGAGAUGAGCAUCCACUUAUUAUGCAACGAAAAAUACUGUAAACAAGAUAUUGAGAGAGUACAAAGAAAUACUGACAAAAUUUUCAUGUUUAGGGAAUCUUCAUACGUCCAAUGUCACACAACCCCUUGUUUUUCCUUCUUCGAGAAAUUGUCUUAUGGGUUUAAAGUGUCAGCGGCCACCCCAGUAUUUGAGAGCUGGAUCCUCUUACUCACCGUAAACUUGGUAUUGAUUACCUUCCACAUACAUCUCAUAUCCUCCAUAAAAAAUAUAUUCUUGAACUUGUGCAACGUAUCCAAUCAACUAAUUUGCAAGAUAAACUAAUUCCAUUGAUAACCUCAUUUUCUUUAUGACGAUUGCCUUUAUCAAUAUGUGUAUUGAAUUAUUCAGUAAGCUGAUGUUUUCAAGUGUUAAUUCUCCAUCUUGUAGCAAGUUGUGAAUUAAAUGUUACCUCAGAAGGAUGUGGUUUGUUCUAGAAUGAGACAUAGCCUUCUUUGCUAGAUUAAUGGCGCCUGGAGUAUACAAAAAGGACAUAAUGUGGUCAUGCUUCCUACCUGCUCAACUAGGAAAUUCAACCAAAUCGUUUAAUUGCUAGCCUCUAUAAUUGCCAUAUAUUUCUCCUCAUUGGUAGAGAAAACAUCCCAAAAUUUACAAUCUUUGGUGUUCCAACUUUGAACCAGCCUUGUAGAUUCCUCUUUGACAUUAACAUUCAUUUCCUUCUCACACGUUCCUCAAUCAACACUACUAUUUUGUUCGCAAUUUCAUUAUCUACCAUUACUACCAAGUUUAAUGGGGGUCAUGUAAACAAAGCUGGUUUUUGGUUUCCUUGGUUAUUUUUCAUAAGUCACUUGGAAAAAUUAUUGUGUAAUCUUCAUUACUUUGAUGUCAUACAGAGAUCUAAUUUCUCAUCAAACUUGAGACAUGUUUUACAUCCAACAACUUUCCUAGUGUUCUAUUUAGAUGCUUUUAUUUAAAUCUCAUUUGUCAAUAAUCAAUAAGGUAUACCUUGUCAAAAUUUCUAAUAGUAAUCAACUUCAGUUUUCCUGCACAGUAGUGUGACAAUACUCUAAAAGUACCCAAACGAAACUGUAUUUGAUGCAGUACAUACCUCAUUGAACGUAAGUUUUUUUAUCCACAAAAGGACUCCCAUUUUUUUUCUAUGCUACGAGACACAGUUGGUAUGCUCUCUCUCUCUCUCUCUCUCUCUCUCUCUCUCUCUCUCUCUCUCUCUCUCUCUCUCUCUCUCUCUCUCCUUAGGCGGCCCAUUUAAACCUUAGGUUUCUCAGUGGGCCGGGCCCAGUAAUAAAGCAAUGCCCACAAGAAAAAAUAUCAAUGAGGAAUAUCAAGCAACAGAUUAUUAUUGCCCAAAAGUGGAUGAAAAAAUAUCGACCGGAGGUAACCAAGAAGCAUCUUCUAUAUGCCCAAGAACAACGAUUCUAGAAACUCGUCGAUGUAGGCAAGGCAGGGCCAGUGGUCGGUCCUAAUUCGGACUAGCGUUGAAGGCUCGGAGACCUCCAUCUUGAAGAGCAGGUGGAACCGUGGCGGGAGGAAGAUCAGAACCAGGAGAGACCCCAAAUCGGCCUCUUGGAACCUCUCUGCUGCUGUGUCUGCAUCGUCUUCAUCCGCAAGAUACCCCAGCUGAAGAACAGGGACAGCGCUGCCGCCGCUGCCGCCGCUGCCGCCGCUGCCGCCGCUGCCGCCGCUGCCGCCGUCGUGAUCAUCCUGCCAGAAGGCGUCAGCGAGGGCUCCGCCGCCUGACUUCAGGGCAUCAGCAAGGGAGGCGCCGGUGAAGCCGACAACGAACGGAGCCAGGUGACACUCAACGGUGGCAAUCAGAGAGGCAGCAGCGGUGUCGAGAAGCUUGACGGAGCCAGUCCCGUUGACGGCGGCGACUCCUCUGGCACCUUUCAAGGGGAAGGUCUCCCGUGCUGUGUUGGAAGAGCUGGAACAGGCUUCCCAGAGGGCGUUGAAGAGAUCGGAGUAGUACCGAGGAGCUGCCGCCAGUGAAACGCCGGCGGGAAGAGGAGCCUUCAGGAACAUGUCCUCAAUGCCCACCGGGAUGCUCUCCAACCGACCGGAGAUGAGCUGGCCGUCCUCUGCAUUGGCUUGGACAGUGACGUCGAUGAGGCCCGGCAUGGGCUCUCGAGGCUCCAGUUCCACCACCACAGAGCUUCUUCUGGUUCUCGGGUCGGAAGGCUUCUCCACGAGGACCAUAGCUCGAGGAUUUGCAGGAGAUUCUCCGAGGAGGAAGGGGACACGACAUGGAGGGAUCGGACCAUACUUAGCUGUGGAUGAGAAGGUGAGGACAACAGCAUACAGAGCAGGUGGCCCCGCUCUUUCACCUGAGGCGAGAACGCCGGCGUCAAAUCUCAGGCUGCAGGGGAUCUCGAUCUUCAGGCCCUUCAUGUGGCGGAAGUCAGGAAUGGAACCGAAAUGCCGCCGCAAGAUGUCUAAGAUCUCAGCAACCUUCGAGUCAACCAUGCGCAGUGGUUCUUGGGUCAAGCUGAUUCUUGCGAGAUUCUCUUCGGCCUCCUCAGUGGGGUCCGGGAUGGGAGGAGCAUCUCUGAUCACUUCCAGAGAACUGGGCCCGUUGACUUUGGCGUCCAGAUUAGGAAUUGUGAGAGACCAUGACUGCUUCAAGAGCAAUGGGAUUGCCCUCUCGAGAUGGAUGCAAGAGGAAGCACUGAGUGUCUUCUUCCACGACGAGCUCGGAGUGGGCGCCUGGUAGAAGAAACCAGGAUGCGGAGAGGGUGUAACUCCCGUAAGCUGCUCCCCAGGGUUAAGUACGUGCCUCAGCUUCUUCCCGGGAAUGCAGACAAGCAUCCGCAGGUAGAUCCUGUAGAAUCACAAAACAUUCAAAUAAAAAAGCAUGAUAAUUCAUAUGAUUGAUUCCAUCGAAUGAUCGUCUGAUAAUUACCUUGCACUAUCGCGGACCUCCAAGUCAGGAUAGCACUGAGAAGUGAACGACAAGAGAUGAGAAAGAACAUUGAAUAUUCUAGAGCUGUGGUGGUUCAUCAUCACUGUGCGGCAAAUCCGCAAGACUUUGCUUCCCUUUGACCAUAAUCUCAACCCCGAAUCUGGUCCGUGCUUGUCUACGAGGAACACCAUGAACUUGAGCAGGAAUUGCAGAAGACGACGUGGAGGUAUCUUGUCAUUCUCGGCGAUCCUCUCAAGAAUCGAGAAAUAGACUGAUAUCCUCAAGUCCAUUUCGAGCUUUGGGAGCAAGGACUCAUCAAAUGUCUGAAGCAGACGCUCACCCAGGAGCCUGUGGAUCCUGGAGCUCUUCAAGCGGUCGACAAAUGCUGCCACCACUGGGACCAAUCCAGGGUGCUCCACAACCAUAUCGACCAGGGUACUCUGCAACGAAUUCCAAGCUUCUUCAGGAACAACCCAUAAUUCAACCAAGAAAGAAUGUAGCCUAGAGCAUUGGUGAUGAGUGCACCUGGAGACUACAGAAAUUGGUGGACUCCAUGAGAUGAAGAACUGUGGAAUCAUCCGAAUCAGGACGAGACACUGCGCCAGUAAGAAACUUGUGGAGAGUGCGGAAGACCACCAGUGUCUCUGUGCUCCAGGGAGGUAACCAUCUGAAUGCUGAGACACAGACAAGGCAGGCCUGGAAGAGUUUCAUCGGAGAAAAUGCAAUUUCGUCGGCCUUCUUCCCCUCCUCGUCCUUACCCUUAUCAUUCUUUCCACUCGAAGAAUCAAGGAGUACUGCUAUGAGAGCGAGCACAUCUAGUUUUGCAGCUUUCAGCGCCAGAGGAUCAAACAAAGAGGGAUAAAAGCUGGGAGCCAAGGAAAUCAGAAGAUUCUUCUUAUCAGGCGGACGAGAGGCUAUACCCAACAGCCAGUGGAGGGCAAGGAGCCGGUAGACCAAAGGCUGUUGGGCCUCCUUGGGUAAAAGGGUGAGGCGGCGAGCGAUUUCUCGCUCGUCACCGGAAAAUGCAUCUGAGAAAUGCGAAUACAGCAUGAGAACGACAUGGCAUAGCAUUGGAUCGUACGAGUAAAGCAGGCCAGAGAACUGCACCUUCAGUAGCGCUGCGGCCCCCGACAUCUGAGCUUCCAAUGCUUUCACAACACGAGUAAGCAUAAAGACCAUCUCGGCAAUGGCCAGCGGGGUCAGAAUCAGAGGCCUCUCAAGAAGAAAUGACAUCACCCUUCUUAUGUCCCUUAGAUUGUCGUCCGAGAGGUCCUGAUUGUUCCUUGCCACGGAAUUCAAAUACACGGGGACAUUGAAUGGCACCAACUGAACCGAGGUGGACAGGAUCCCCGUCGUAGGGGGGGGCAUACAAUGCUGCACGAUGUUGUGCACUACCGUGGUGAGGAGAAGAAUGUAGCUUUGGGCGGCGUGAGUCCUCUCGCUUUGGCAGAGAUUCCACAGGUGGCCGACGAUCUCCGAGAGCAGACAGGGGUAGGCCUUCUCCAGCUCUCUCAGACAGUCGCAGGCGAUAGCCCUAGUUUGCCGAUCGGGGCUAUGAUUGGGGCGGUUGACUACAGCGAGGAGAACCUCCACCACGGCCUCGAGCUGGCGAGGCGCGUAGUCGAGGCCGUCGAUUGUGAUCGCGAUUGAGGUGACAGCCACCAUCAUCUGCUCCUUCAGGGCGUACGCCGUCGGGGCAGAAUCUGCAGGCGACUGCACGACGAUCCGAAGAGCCUCUGCGAGAGCCGAUAGGGCGUGCGCGGCAUCUUCCGGAGGAGACCUAACAAGGAGGUGACCGAAUUCCUCGAGAAAGAGGAUGACGAGGGGCUUGAGGGGGAAGUCCCGACGGAGAAGCGAGGCAAGGGCAAGAUCUAGGAGGGAAAGGGGGGUGGGAUGCUGGGAUAGCCACUGGAACUGCCGCGAAGGGUCGCCGGAUUGGAAAUCUUCGACCAGGGCCUCCCAUUCCAACGUAGAGAUGAGAGACUGCGAGAGCGACUGCAGGAGGGACGAUUGCUUCAGUGACGAUGAUUUCUCCAUGUAAAUGGAGAUGAGAAAAUGGGAGGAGAAACGAAACCCUAGCUACGUAGAGGACGAUGAGGAAUCCAUUGGAGGGAAGGGAAGAAGCACAAAGUGGGAACUGCAAGAAGAAGGGGGAGGGGGGCGGGGGGGAGAGAGAGAGAGGGAGAGAGAGGGGGGGAGGGUACGGCCGUCAUUUUUGUAGCGAAACUUCCGAAUGUUCUUCAUUAUAUUCGUUCGUUUACUCGUGCACGUCAAAAAAUUUCAUAUUUUCAUUCAUGCCACCGUAA